AUGGUAGGGGAUGGAUGGAACGAUCUUCCUGCUCAGGCGGUAGCAGAUGUUGGCGUUCAACUCUCACUUCCUCAUACUAGCUCUGUGGAUAUGGCGGAUAUGGUCAUCAUGUCUCCCGACUUGCUGCAUCUCCCUCAGACGCUGGGGGUUGUCCGUCGGGCUCUAGCGUGGUCCCAGACGCUGGUGCGUGCAACAAUCUUCUACAAUGUAUCUGUCGUUACUGUUGCGGCUGGAUUGACCGCGCCCUGGGGUAUUACAAUUACCCACCUACUUCUGUGGCCCUAA